AUGGGAAAAAGUCACGAAUUAAAUGAGUUUGAACAUUCCAAAGAGCAUUUAUGGCAUGAACUCAAACAAAGACGUAGUAAACGUACUGUGCAUCCAAGAAAUUCUCGUGAACUUGAGGAAAUAUUGCAAGAAGAAUUCCAUCUGAAACCUAUAUUAAACUUAUAG